GUUUGUCCCUUCAUUUUGGCGUUUUCUCGCGUGUUCGGUCCGAUCAAUCAUCGCGGAAGGAUUGGCCACCGGCCAUCUAUACUGCCGUCGACUGCUUCUCUGCAUGCCAUCCAACGGACGGUCCAGUGUCGCGCGCUACAUGGCUCUUCUCAGUGGAAUACGCUAGCAAAAGUCCCUCUUGUCAGAGGAUGCGCGACUUCUGCUCCGAUUUUUCCCAGGGUGAUGGGCUGAACGUCUCGAGGCCCUGGAAUGUGCCAAAACUUCUCGCCGUUUUCUGCACUGUAGUUGCGCGAGACUGCUUCGCGAAUCAGAAUACUUUGCAGACACACCUCAUCAGAAUUGGCCGCCGCAGCAACUGGCACAACGAACGCAACCGAACCUCUGUCAGAGAAGCCAUGCUUGACCCACCGAUGUGCUGCUAUGCGCAGUUCUGCUGGCACGGUUGCUCUCGGAGAGCGAGGGAACGGAGGCAUCUGCGGCUGAUCCUGGUCUGCCCUGGUCGAGUGGUGCGCUCUGGCCUACUCUCAGACUGGUAUAAAAUCACGCAGGGCUCCCAUCGACGCCCCAAUUCCACUUCUCUUCCCACCUGAUUUUCCCUUCUCCCCUUCUUCAAAUUCGUCUGGACGAUGUCUUUUAGCUGUUCCUCUUCCAUCACUCAUCUCGGCGGGCCCGAAAAUGACCAUGAAGCCGAUGAUGCUACUCUCCAUUCGAGUUCCAACCUUCCCGGAUCCCUGGCCAAGUUUAAGCCCCAGCCCCCGCCUCUGUUCUCUCAGGAAACUGGACUGAGCGACUUGAAAACUGCCCCGCCCGACGAAUGGCUCUCGGAUCCUCGUAAUCCGCGCAACUGGUCGAAUGGCAGGAAAUGGAGCGUCGUAUCUAUUGUUUCUUUCUACAUGUUCGUGUCCCCACUUUCGAGCUCUAUUAUGUCCCCGGGACUUUCCGAAAUCGCCGCUAAAUUCAACAUCGACAACGAGACCAUCCUCGCGAUGACGCUUUCGAUUUUUUUGCUUUCUUUCGGGAUUGGACCUUUGUUUUUGGCUCCGUUGUCGGAAAUGUACGGAAGGCGAGUUUUUUUUUUUCCUUUCGAUCGACUGGCCAAGACUGAUCAACCAUGUUGCCGCAAUUUUCAGGAGAUGGCCACCCUUCUCGUAUUUCGUUUCCUCGCUGGAUUCUCAGGAAGCGCACCAGUCGCUUGCGGAGGAGCUGUUGUCAGCGAUCUUUUCAGCGAGCGAGAACGGGCCUCGGCCAUGGCCUUAUUCAACGUUGGACCCUUGCUUGGACCAGUCGUAGGACCGAUCGCUGGAGGGUUCAUUGCACAAUUGGUCGGAGUCCAAUAUGUGUAUUUCGUCCUGGCAGGUGUCACCGCACUAGCAGGUCUCAUCGGAGUGCCUUUCUUGAAGGAAACCUACGGUCCACUUGUUAAACUCCGGGUGACCACACACCCCACGGACCCAGAAAAGACCCCUCAGCUCGCGGACGGCGUUCAUAGUCUGCCGAAGAAAAUUAACUUCCUCUGGACAAACUUCAGCCGGCCUCUGCAUCUAUUAACGCACAGCUUCAUUUGCUUUACUCUGAGCUUGUAUAUGGCCUUCAUGUAUGGGAUAUACUACCUCUUCUUUGCAACUUUGAAUGCGUUCUUUCGCAAAACAUACGGGUUUUCUAUCGAGACAUGUGGCUUGAUGUACGGUGGUCUGGGUGCAGGUUUCAUGUUGGCUGCAUUCUGCAAUGCCCGAUACUCCAAUGUCUUCUACAAAUAUCUAGCUGAUAAGAACGGUGGAGUUGGUGAACCGGAAAUGCGAAUCCCGCCCAUGUUCAUCGGCUCGGUCUUUGUCCCUCUUGGCUUAUUGUGGUAUGGCUGGUCGGCCCAAGCAAAGUUGCAUUGGAUUAUGCCGGUGAUAGGCUCCGGUAUCUUCGGAUACGGGAUGAUGACUACCUUCUUGCCCAUCCAACUCUACCUCGUCGACUCUUUCAAGUACGCCGCCAGCGCGCUUUCUGCUGCAUUUCUGUUCCGGUCUAUGCUCGGCUUUUCUUUUCCUCUGUUUGGUCAUGCCAUGUUCACUAAAAUGGGGUUCGGAUGGGGCAACACACUUUUGGGAGGAAUUGCGAUCCUCUUGGGAUUCCCUUUCCCUGCCUACAUCUACUACCGCGGAGCAGCCCUCCGUGCCACAAGCGGCCUCAACCACUGAAUCAACUCCCUUCGGGAAAUAUGCCACUCUAUGAUAACACCAUGCACAUAUGAGAACAAUCAUGUAUAACUAAAUAGCUUGUAUUUAGCUUUCUACACGAUGCUUCUCAAUAAUUCUCACGUGAUCGUGCACUCCAC